AGAUUAGCAAGUUUUUGGACCAAUUAAUUUUAAGUAAUAUAAUCAACAAUGAUUAAGUGCUGGACUAUUAGGGUGUAUCUCAUGACCAAAGUAAUGAUUGAAGAGAUCGACUCAUUCAUAUUGGUUUGGAAACGAGAGAGAAGACUACUUAAAAGUCGACAAAUGGAUGAAAAACGCAAGAAAGAAGUGGACAAAGUUAGUAAUCACAUUGAUAUCGAUGACCAUAUCAUACCAUUACAAGAGUUAUGUCUUAGACUUCAUACUCACCCGCAAUUGGGUUUGAGUCCGGUUGCCGUCAAAAAGUUAUUGUCGACUAAUGGAUACAAUAUAGUAACUACUAGUAUAGGAACCGGAGAGUGGAUCAGAUUGUUGAAGAAUCUGUUUGAUUGGUUUAACUGUUUUUUAUGGAUCGGUUCUUUGCUUUGUUUCAUGACUUAUAUAACUGAAACGAUAACUUUGGAGGAAGUUUUGCCCGACGAUUUAUAUUUAGGUUGUUCAUUGUUGGGGUCUGUAUUAAUAUCUGGAUGUUUUAGUUAUUAUCAAGAGGCCAAGAGUGCCAAUACAUUUCUCACAUUUCGUGAUCUCAUUCCCAGAUAUGUUACAGUUAUUAGAGCCGGAUCUAAGCUAAGAUGUCCGGCCAUUGAGUUAGUUGUAGGCGAUGUCAUUGAGAUUAGUGCUGGUGAUAGAGUGCCGGCUGAUAUCAGAAUAAUUAAAUCUCAUGGAUUAAAAUGUCUUAAUGUAUUACUUUAUGGAAAUAGUAAGCCAUUCAUCCGUAACAAUGAAUGUACUCAUUCUAAUCCAUUUGAAACUAAAAAUUUAGUAUUUUUCUCAACAAAUUGCAUUGAAGGUUCGGCAAUCGGUAUUGUCAUCAGAACCGGUGAUAAGACAUUAAUGUCUGAAUUAUUGGUUAACUUCUAUAAAGAAAAAAGUUCGACAACAAAGUCAACAACAAGUUUACUAAAACAAGACAUCACUCUAUUUAUUCGCAUUAUUACAACAAUCUCUAUAAUAGUUGCAGUUAUUUUAUCAAUAAUAUCAUCUAUAAUUGGUUACACGUGGCUCAAUGCUAUUAUCUUUUUGAUUGCCCUAUUUGUGGCACAAAUACCCGAAGGUUUAUUCCCGACACUAACUGUUGUAUUAAGUUUGGCUGCAAAGAGAAUGACAGCAAAGAAUUGUUUGGUUAAAAAUUAUGAAACAAUUGAGACAUUAGGCUUGACUUCAAUUAUAAUAACUAACAAAACAGGAACUUUGACACAGAAUCGGAUGGUUGUCUCACAUAUUUGGGCUAAUAAUUCAAUCAUUGAUUCGGAAAACUUUUACAGACAUUUAAACACUAAAAAUGAAGACUUGAAUUCAAUGGCGUGGAAAGCACUAAUAAGAGCUGCCUGUCUAUCAAAUAAAGCUGAGUUCAGUGCAGCUCAGACCAAAAUAUCACCACUCAAGAGAGAAGCAAUUGGUAACUCAACAGACAUUGCGAUACUUAAGUAUAUGGAAGUAAUUAUUGGUUGUGUUGAGGGUUAUCGUCAAAAUCAUCAAAAAGUCUUUGAGAUGCCAUUUAAUCCGUUUGUCAGAUAUUCGCUGUCAAUCAAUAAAUUUAACGAUGGAUUUUGGUUAUGUAUGAAAGGAUCUCCAGAAGUCAUAUUUGACAAAUGCUCUACUAUUUUAACCAAAGGUUCUGUCCAACCAUUAGAUGAAAAAUAUAAAAUUUAUUUUAAAAAUAUAAUUAAUGAGUUCGGAUGUUAUGGUGAAAGAGUUAUUGCAUUUUGUGAUAGAUUUUUGUCAUACGAUGAAUAUCCGAUUGAUUAUACAUUUGAUUGUGAACUUCAAAACUAUCCAACAGAUAAUUUAAGAUUUAUAGGAUUAAUGUCACUGUUAAACCCUCCCCGAGCAUCAGUUCCAAGUGCUAUAGAUAAAUGCAAAAGAGCCGGUAUUAAAAUAGUUAUGACUACAGGUGAUCAUCCAAUUACUGCAAAGGCCAUUGCAAAAGCUGUCGGUAUAAUAUCUGAUGACAAUUCUGAUAAUAAUGACAUUAUUGAAAGUGAUUGUCAAGUGUCUAUUAUAACGGGACAAGAAAUGAAUGGUUUAUGUGAUCAACGUUUACAUGAAAUACUAAACAAUGACAAAGAUGUAGUGUUUGCUCAAAUCAAUCCUAACCAUAGAUCAAGAAUAGUUAGAUGUUGUCGUAGCAAACAAUCAGUUGUAACGGUUACCGAAAAUAAUUAUCACGACUCUUCAACUGAAGAUAAUGUAGACAUUAGUAUAGCGAUGGGACUAAAUGGAAGUGAUAUCAGUAAACAAAGUGCAGAUAUUAUAUUAUUGGACGACAACUUUGCGUCAAUUGUUUCGGGUAUUGAAGAGGGAAGAGUCAUAUUUGAUAACUUAAAGAAAUCUAUUUGUUAUACACUGUCAUCGAAAACUCCGAUUAUAUUUCCAUUUUUAUUAUAUAUUAUUAUUGAUAUUCCGCUACCUUUAGGAGCAAUUACUAUAUUAUGUAUUGAUUUAAUUACUGAUAUGAUUCCUGCUAUUUCAUUGGCAUACGAAUUACCAGAAUAUGAUAUUAUGAAAUAUAAACCAAGAGAUCCAACAGUUAAUAAAUUAAUUAAUAAAAAUUUAUUAGUCCUCUCGUACACACAUUUGGGUGUUUUUCAACUGUUGGCCGCAUUUUUCGCUUAUUUUGUAAUUAUGUCUGAAAAUGGUUUUAAACCACAAUUUUUAUUUGGGAUGAGAAAAGUAUGGGACUCUAAAGCUAUUAAUGAUGUCAUGGAUUCAUAUGGACAGGAAUGGACCUAUCAUUCACGUAAAACACUUGAAUAUACGUGUCAUACGGCAUACUUUGUUGCCGUUGUUAUUACUAAAUGGUCGACAAUUAUAUGUUGCAAAACAAGAAGAUUAUCAAUAGUCAUACAAAAAAUGAAUAACGAUGUCCUUACAUUUGCACUAUUCUUUGAGUUGGGUUUAGCUAUAUUUCUAACCUACUGUCCCGGUCUCGACAAAGGCAUUAAUAUGUUUGCACUCAAACUUUACUGGUGGUUCUGUUCGACACCUUUUGCUAUAAUAAUGAUAAUAUACGAUGAGUUCAGACGAUUAUUAAUCAGACGAUAUCCUAAUGGUUGGCUGGAAAACGAAACUUAUUAUUAA